UCAGAGCGAGGGGCGGCCGGCCGCGGCGCGCCGCUCGCCAGUGUUGUGGUAGGUCACACCGAGCGCGCCCGCACGCACCGACCUCAUCAUUCACGAUCGCGACUCCGCGCCGUGCGAACAUGUCAUCGCGCCUUCGACGUGCUCGUCUCAUACUUCGAACGUGAACUGUUUACAUACGUGUCCCUAUCCGGACUUGAGAACUUUCCCGUGGUGCAAAUAAAUGCAUUCUAGCUGAACUGAUGUGAGAUGGCCUUAUCGCUGCAGUCGACACAGAAUUCGAGAGGUGUGUCAGUGAGACCGCUAUCAACAAUGCGUCAAGAAUCAUUACCGAUGUUAGCUGAGCGCCUGCUGGCGACGCGGGCUGCGGCGCUAGUGGCCGGGUUGCCGGCCGAGCUGUACUCGGGCGCGCUGCUGGCCGCCUGGCCGCCGUCCCCGCCCGCGCCUCUGUUGCCUCCGCCGGAGCUGGACCGCGCCCGCAAGCGACGCCGCGCGUCCAAACUCGAUGACACCGUCACCACCUCGCACACAACCGCACCCCUCUCCCCGCCCUCCUCGGGGUCUUCACCCGGUGCAGCCGACCCGCCCAGAGAUAAACUAUUCACCUGCAAGAUCUGCUCGCGCUCUUUCGGUUACAAACACGUGCUACAGAACCACGAGCGCACCCACACUGGUGAGAAGCCGUUCGAGUGCGGUGAGUGCCACAAGCGGUUCACGCGCGACCACCACCUGAAGACACACCUCCGCUUGCACACGGGCGAGAAGCCAUACAGCUGCCCGCACUGUCCACGCCACUUCGUGCAGGUGGCUAACCUGCGGCGGCACUUGCGCGUGCACACAGGCGAGCGGCCAUACGCUUGCCCGAGCUGCCCGGCGCGCUUCUCAGACUCCAACCAGUUGAAAGCCCACGCGCUGGUGCACGAGGGUGAUGCGCCGUUCGCUUGCCGCUGCGGGGCGCGCUUCCGGCGGCGACAGGCGGCCGCUCUGCACCGCUGCGCCGGCACCGGGUGCGAGCCCGACUCGCCGAGCCCGCCCGCGGCCACGGCCGCCGACUGGCGCUGGGACGAGUGGCCCGAGCAGACGGAGCCCGAGGACCUGUCGCUCCCGCGGCGGCCGGCCACGCCGGACUCGCCCACCGACCUGCGCGUGCACUCCGCGUAGUCUCCGCGCUCCACGCGCCGCUGAGCCGGUAUACGAGUUCCUCCCGCGUAGACCCCGCGCCAUACUCGGUCGCAUGCGCGCCGUCCCAGCCCGAUCUUAUUAUGUAGAUCUCAUAAUGUUUAGUUGGACAUGGAGAUACUUCUCAGAACAAACAUUUAAAAAGUUCCUAGCCGUUAAUUUUUUGCGCGUUUUCGCGGUAAUCACUACUGAGUCAGUCUAGUUAGGUAGUCGUGCAUUCAGUUUUUAUGAUUUUGCAUUUGCAAAGUCUACCAUAAAGACACUUUUUAUUCGUGUUACAGUUUAAAAACUUUAUUGUUAUACCAUUUGCAUAAUCGCAAGGUGAGGGAAGGAAAAAAUGCGAUGGUUUUGUUCCUUUGUUUCGAAAUUUGCAAACUUAAGAAAGAUCGAACCCGUUGCACAAAAGUAAUACUGUGACUUAUUGUUGUUUGCUAUUGUUUCCAAUUGUAGACAAAAAAUGUGCACGUUACGGUCCAUGAGGCCGGCGGCGCGGCGCGGCGCGUCCGAGGCGUCGCCGAGCGGGAACCGGAAUACGCCCGGAGAAGGCCGCGACAUUGACUUAUUAUUUUCCGCGACAAAGGCUAGUUCACAAUCGCUGAUUAUUAAGUAUUGAUUUGAAGGGAAUUCCUCAAAGCGAACAAAGCGGUCGUCAUUGUGUUCGCCCAGAUCCUCGCCUUGCGACAACCGGUUCAGUAUCACCCUCUUUUGUGCGCGACUGCCAGUUUUUAAUCAAUAGCCUCGAGCUCGUUUUGUGCUUUUACAAGCAUUAAUUUAAGUUUUCUGACCGAUAAUACGUAACCGAUACUGGUGCUUUGCUUCAAUAAAAUUAUAGGGGCUGUUUGUUUGUUUGUUGAAGUUGUAGUUUAGUACCUAUGAGAGCCGGCGGGCGGCGCGGCGCGCGGCCGGAGCGCACCGCUUUUGUACAUAAUGCUGUCCCUAAAUAAAAUUAUUUAUUAUUUAUCAAUUAGUUUGUAGGUAUUUUUAAAUAUUUUCAGCGCCAUUUCCGAUGUAACGAAAUUGGUACUGGAAAGUAAAUGUGGUUUGUAAAUAUAUUUCUAU